UGUUGCAAGCAGCGAAGAGACGACCUGCUGGGUAAACAAGAGUGGAUGCCUCGAAAGGCAGGAAUGGCACCUUCGUCGAGGGAUAAUAGUGAGACACUUUUAUCUUGACAAAUAGAAACACAACGGAGAGGUCGCACUGCCUUAUUGUGACUCGAUAGGGUUAAUUUGCGAGUCAAAAUGGCUGAGUGUAACCCGGCGUUUGAUGAGUGAAGUGGAGCUAGUCUUUAUGUUAGCUUAGCUCGUAGCCAUCCUGGGCCCGCUUGCCCUCGAUUUUGCUUCUCGGAUCAGCUCGGGACUGUGUUGUCAGUUUCACAAUCCCAGCAGCUAACGCACUCUGGUUGCGUUUUCUUUUUUUUUUUCCAGGCCUGCCUAGUUGCAGUAAGGCUUAACAUUAAGAGAACAGCCCCGUUUUCCAUGCUCGACAUCAUUUCCCCAAAAAGGAUUCAAACCUCAUAUGUUACGAAAAGGACGGUGACACAUUUGGAAAUAAGGACUUAGACGCAGGGUUUUGGGAGAUGCAGCGAAUAGACUCCUAGGAUCCGAUGCGAGUGCCCUCAGUGUUUGCUCUUUGAAGUCUCACCUGCCACCAUGAAGAGUGAGGUGCCUUCUGAGGCCCCCAGCAGACAGGAGCAUUUGAAGGAGCCACUGGGGAACCCAGAGGCCAUGGAGGCAGCCAAGAACUUCCCAAACAGCAUGGAGAUGAUUGGAAAGGCUGGCAGUGAAUUUGAAACCCUUUGUGAGUCCCGGCAUCUGCCUUUGAGGGACACAGGAACACACAGAGACUCAGAACGGAGCCUUCCUGGUCGCAGAAAAAGAAAGGGACAACAGGCAGGGCCUUCAGACUGCUCGCUGAAAGAGGGCCACAUUAGUGAGAGUUCACUGGCCCCUCAGCGUCCCCGGGUGGAACUUUUACAAAACCCCAGUGAGGAUGAACAUAAUCAUGAGUCAUCUUUUAGUGACUGUGCUUCCUCCCCUUCCUCUAGCCUGCGAUUUGGUGACUCGGACACUCUUAGCUCAGAGGAUGAGGGGGAGGCUGAAGCAACAGGGGGCCAAGACAAGGCUCCUGCCCUGACAACAGGAGCUGCUGGAGUUGGCUUGCGCCCUAUUCUGGGUCGAACUCGGGGAAGUCGCUCUCAUAAGUGGGUGCGGACAGAGGCAGAACCAGUCCUGUUGAAGCGGCCAUGUCUGAGCAGCAGGCGCCCUCUGCAUAGGAAACGAUUUGUAAAAGCAGCUCCUGGUGGGGGUCAGCGGACUCAGAAGCAAAAGGAGAGACUACUACUGCAGAGAAAGAAACGUGAAGUUAUUGCUCGUAGGAAGUACGCUCUGCUCCAUAGCACCAGUAGUUCCAGUGAUGAGCUGAGUGGUGACUCGUCCUCCCCCUCCUCUACUGAGGCUGAAGAUGAGCUGUAUGUAGAUGUCAGCAGCACCAACAGCCAGCCCAACAGUGCUAGUGUUGCUACAGGUGCUCUGGACGAGGAUGUCGUGGUGAUUGAGGCCACUCCAGCUCCUGCUCCAACUGUCCCUGCAAGCGAGGAGAUCAAUGUCACGUCAACUGACAGUGAGGUGGAGAUCGUCACAGUCGGAGAUGGUUUCAGGUCACGCUCAGUAGGAGGUCUUGGGAGGAUUUGGGCCAGUAGUUGCUCCCAAAAUCGUCUGCAGGAGACACGAGGACGUCACAGACUCUCCACCGUCAUCCAACCGCUGCGUCAGAAUGCUGGGGAGGUGGUGGACCUCACUGUGGAUGAAGAUGAUCUCUCAGUUGUGCCAACGACCUCUGGCAGCAUUCACCCUCAAACAGUUAGGUCGUCAUCAUCAUCAUCUUCCCAUCAUGCCUCUACCUCAGAGCUCAAUGAUGCCCCAGGCCCUUCCUCUAGCUGCCCAGGCUCUAUACCUGAAAGUAUGCACGCACAGAGGCCAAGUGGUUCUUCUCGCACAGCCACAGAGGAUGACAGCAGACAGGGUUUGUCAGGCACAGCUGGUGACAACACAGGCACGGCCAUGCCCAGGCUACCGUCCUGCUGUCAGCAGCACUCCCCAUGUGGGGGUCCUUCCCCUGGUCACGUGUCCCUCAGCCACUCCCAUUCGAGCUGCCUGCAGGCGUCGUCGUCUCAGCAGACCGGUGGCACUCAGCACAGCCAUGCUCACAGCCAUAGCCACAGCAGCGCUCACCACUUCAUCCACCAUGUUCAUCACCCAGCACCACAGCCCCCCGGCACCCUGCCCUUCCAAGAGCCGAGCUGCCCCGUGGAGCGACCGACUGCUUUGCCCGCCCCCUGCGCUGUAGUCAGCAGCAGCACGAACAACAGUAGUAGCAACGCAGGCCACUACCAUGACCAGCAAACUCUGCCAGUGGACCUGAGCAACAGCAGUAUUCGUUCUACUGGAAACAGUGGGGCUAGUUUCCAUGGCAGCAACUCAGCCUUUGACCCAUGCUGCCCAGGCUCCACGUCACGGCCUCCUACUUAUGUUUCCCAGGCCACCCCAGGGCCCAGUCAGCCAGCUGUGGUGGACUCGUUCAGCUCGUCCAUGGUGGCUCAACCCCAGCCGCAAACACAACCCCAACCCUGCAGACAUUACAUGCACCCCUCCUAUGGCCCUCUAGCACGCUCGCUGCAUCAUCAGCCCUCCUCUGCCUGCCCUCACUCCCAUGGGAACCCCCAACUUACACCCCAACCUCCUCCUCAGGGUGAUUAUGUCAUCCCCCACACAGUCACCUUCCAUCCACCACUGUCAUCCCACCCUACUGGCCACGGCGUGCCCCCUGCCCCUCCCCCUCCCUUGUCUACCCACCACCUCUCUAGUUCAAGUGCCCCGCUGGCCCAGCACCUGCCCGCGGACCAUCAGACCUUGCCUCACCAUAUACCUGCGCUGGGGGCCUCCGUGCAGAGGCUCCACCAACACGAGAUGCUGCAGAGGAUGGAGGUCCAGAGGCGCAGGAUGAUGCAGCACCCUACACGAGCACAUGAGCGUCCGCCUCCGCACCCCCACAGAAUGCACCCGAACUAUGGCCAUGGACACCACAUUCAUGUGCCUCAAACUAUGUCUUCCCACCCUCGCCAGCCUGAGCAGAGGACAGCAUGGGAGCUUGGCAUUGAGGCGGGGGUGACUGUGGCACCGUUCCCUUCAGGGCACCUGCACUCCCACCUACCCCACUACCAUCCUCCCCCCAGACUGCACCACUUCCCCAUCCCCUUCAUGCACACUGGCAUAUCUGAAGUGACCUACCCGCACAUUCGGUACAUCUCAUCAAGAAUGACUGGUUUUGGAAGAACCUAUGAGGACCUGCUGCAUUUAGAGGAACGACUGGGGACUGUGAACCGAGGAGCCUCUCAGGGAACCAUAGAGAGGUGCACUUAUCCACACAAGUACAAAAAGAAGGUGUUGGAGAGAGACAUUGACCAACAGUUAACCCCUGAAGCUUGGGCAUCUAUUGGGAAAAAUAUGCACGCAACCCCAGAAUCGAGAAAGCUGCAUGGUAAGCAAGAAGAAGAUGAGGGUGCAGAUGAAGACACAGAGGAAAAAUGCACCAUCUGUCUGUCAAUACUGGAGGAGGGGGAGGACGUCAGGCGCCUUCCAUGUAUGCACCUCUUCCAUCAGCUGUGUGUUGAUCAGUGGCUCCUCACCAAUAAGAAGUGCCCCAUUUGCAGAGUGGACAUUGAGGCGCAGUUGUCUGCUGAGAGUUGAUGCUGUUUUUUUUUUUUAAACACCCCUUUUGUUGAAAGAAUUUAUUUUAUGAUCAUUUACAUUUUUUUCUUCAGUACUGCAGUCAACCAAAGAUGGCAUGAAUUACCUGCGCAGCUCUACUACGAGAAAAAAAAAAAACAUCUGACAAAAAAGCAUCGAGCCUAGAGUGCCAGCUAUCACUUAUUACUACAACAGCUAGAAUUCUCCAUUAAGGGUAUAAGAUUUUAUUGUAUUUAUAAAGCUUUUAUGUAGCUUCGAUUGUUUCCUCAAGUGUCAUUUUUGUUUUGUUUCUCUGCAUGUCUCCUUGCAAUGCAUUUCUUUGCACAUAUAACGUGGGCUCAACACGGCCUAACAACUUGCAGGUGAGGAUAGCUGCUCUAGUAAAGAUGCAUUUCUGUAAACCUAAUGCCUUGCUUUACUAGAAUAGAAUGUCAGCCUCCAGUAAAAAAAACAAACAUUGCAGGAUUCAUUUUACCAAUCAUUGUAUUGAUUAGUUUAUGUUUAGAAGAUGUGGAUUGUUAGUGAAAGAUGUUUUUUUUUUUUUUUUUUUUUUUUAAUAAAUCAAAACAUUCCUAACUAGGGGAAUAUGUUAACAGAUCGGCUGCUGUAUAAGUGCACACCCAGUAUUUUCUAGAGUGGAAAUAAAACUCUGAUGUUCACCUCACUCCCAGAAUAUGCACAUGCUUUGCUAAGAAAACACCCUCCUCCAGCACCUUCAUUUGACUAGGAACACCGUCUGAUGUAUUUUAGAGAACAAAAAACAAAAGAAUGUCUCCUCCCUCUCUCGACUGUUCUUUUUAAACUGAGAGAUUGUUGAAUCUGCUGUGAAUCUUCUCUUGCUUCUGUUAAAGACGGGCCUGUGAUAGUUCAAUAGGUUUCUGUAAAUGACUUCAGGUCUAAACGUGUUUGACAAAUCCAACAUGAGCCUGUGACCUGGGAUUAUUAUUUUCAGUUUGAUUCAGGCAAUGGCAUUUACUUUUGAUUUCCUGUGUGCUUGCUUGUGUCUGUGCAGAGGGAAAUACACAGCUCAACUUUGGAUAAAUAUUUACUGUUUGUUCUCACACUUUGAACCAUUUUUAUCCAUCCUCCCCUUUGUCUCUCUGUAGUGGAGCAGCAGCAAGCACUGUGGCUGCUGCGAGAAAGAAGAACACUAAUACUGUUGACUAACUCACUCGCGUAGUCUUGCACAAGAGAGAAAAGGGUAGGAGAGUAGUAGUGAAUAUGAGAGUGCACUGAGGCCAUGUAUUUCCACUCUGAUGAACAUUAAAAAAAUAAUUUAAAAAAAGAUAUUUUGAAUGGAGUGUUUAAAUGCAGUACUUAAAGCAGGUAUCCAUGCAUUCAUUGAUUUACACCAGGAUCAUAUUCUGUGGGAUUUAUAUUAGUUUUAAAAAUAAUAUUAAUAAACUUGGAUAACUCUUGA